AUGCCAGCACCGCCGACGGAAGAUUAUUACGAGCUCCUCGGACUGCAUCAAGGCUGCACUGAGAAGCAGAUCAAGCGUGAAUACAGACGUUUGAGUUUAAAGGUUCACCCUGACCGUUGGAGUCCCGAUUCAACAAAGAUGGCAUCGGCUCAUAUUGCUUUCUCAAAGGUAUGUCCGGAACUUUCGCUGUGGAUUAUGUGGGUCAAAGCUUACCAUGGCAGCUCGACGACGCAUACAAGGCGUUGGUAG